AUGCCUGAACAGCAAGGACGCAAGAUCGCAUUUGUCGGCGCCAGCGGUAACCUCGGCGGCUUCACCCUCAAGGCCCUCCUCGACAAGGGUAUCCAUACUAUCACCGCCGUCACACGCGCUCAAUCCUCCACCGCACUACCAGCCGGCGUCAUCGUCAAGAAGGGCGAUUACGCGGACGAAGAUUUCCUCGUGUCCGCUUUCCAGGGCCAGGAUGUGCUCAUUCUGCAACUCAGCUUCGACAGCUACAUGACGGCGCAGGCCCCCCUCAUCCGCGCCGCGGCCAAGGCCGGUGUCAAGUGGGUCCUGCCUACCGAAUUCGGCUCCGACCUGGCGCCGUCCAAGUUGCUCGAAGUCAGCCCCUUGGUCGCGGGCAAGAAGCAGUUCCGCGAUCUCGUGGAGGAGCUGGGCCUGAGCUGGAUCGCCAUCGUCAACAACCCUUGGUUCGACUGGUCCCUCGGCCAGGGCUUCUGGGGCAUCGACAUCAAGAACCGCUCUGCUCGCCUGUUUGACGGCGGAAACACCAAAUUCAUCACCACCACGAUUGGCACCACCGGACAGGGCACUGCUGGUGUUUUGAGCUUGCCCGACGCUGAGCUGGAGCAGUUCCGCAACAAGCCGGUGUAUCUCAAGUCCUUCUACAUUAGCCAGAGAGACAUGCUCGACAGCAUUCUGCGCGCUACCGGCACCAAAGAGGCGGAUUGGAAGGUUGAGGUUCUGGAUGCGGCGGCUGUUGUUGCUGAGUCGAAUGAGAAGUUUAAGCAGGGCGAUCACGCGGCUGUGUUGGUCGGUUUCUACGUCAACCACAUGCGCGAGGGCUGGGGCGGUGACUAUAACGCCAAGGUCACCGACCUGAGCAAGCUUGGUCUGGCGGAGGAGAAUCUGGACGAGGUUGUCAAGAGAGUUGUGAAGGAGAUUGAAGGACAGUAA